AUGGAGCUUUUGCUCCUUUAUUAACCAUUUACUUUUCUGUUCAUCGUGUUUCUAGUCCUUUACCAGGUGAAUCCUGCAUUCAGACACUUCUGCAAGAUGACCUUCUAUAAGUUGUGGCUCUUCACCCUAAGCAUUCUGGUUAUUAUGAUCAGUGUUUCUCGUGAAUGUAACAUGGAAAACAUGGAGUUUUUGUGCAUGUCAUUCCUGCCCCUCAACUACAUCUUUGGUCUCAAGACAAUGGUGAAGGGCAAGGAGAACCUCAGGACUAAGAAACCUUUCAUCCUCAUGUUGAAUGACCAGACCUCCCUUGACAUUAUGGUGAUGAUGGAGGUAUUACCAAGUUGCUGUGUGCCCAUUGCAAGGAAGGAAAUCCUCUACAUGGGCACUUUCAGCCUAGCAUGCUGGCUUUCAGGACUCAUUUUCAUUGACCACAAGAAGAGGGAAGAGUCUAUCACUACCUUGAUAGAGGUGGCACACUCCCUCCACAAAGAAAAUUUCCACGUCUUGAUCUUCCCUGAAGGAACUUGUAGUCAUGGUAGCUUCAUGUUGCCCUUCAAAUGUGGGGCCUUCCAGCUGGCUGUGAAAGCCUAAGUCCCCAUUAUUCCUGUAGUGAUCUCUUCCUAUUAUGACUUCCACAACCAGAAGGAGAAGAGAUUUAGACCAGGAAAAAGCAUAAUCCAGAUCCUGCCAGAAGUGGAAACCCUUGGCUUAGCCCCAGACGAUGUUCCCAAACUCACUGAGCAGGUCAGUGACUCCAUGCUCACCACCUAUCAGGCGAUAUCAGGAAUGACAAAUGGGACUUCCCAUUAG